AUUUGAGACCCGACCAGGCUGGAUGGGAUCUCAAACCUUUUCCUCAGAGGGGAAGGCUGGUCAGUUUUGUUCUCGGCAGCAAUAUCAUGUGAUUUUUUUUUUUUAAAGAGGAAUUGUUUAAUUUCACACUUAAUUAGUUGCAGUUGCUAUUGUUGAACUUGUCGGCUGAGUGUGAUUGUUGUUGUUGUCCUCCUUAAUUUAUUAUGGGAUGGAAGCGCUGUUCUUUGCUCUUGUUUGCGAGCAUCAUAAAAAGAUGAGCAUGACCACCUCGUUACUACCUCAGCAAUAAAAGAAUACAGCCUGCAGUGCAGUGUAAGCAAUGUCAGUGUGCAGAGUCCAACGGCUCCGCUGGCUCGUCUCGUGGGAGAUGAUUGUGCAAGUCUUCGGCUCCGGGUUCAGACCAGCAGCUGGUGUUCAGGAACCAUGCCCUCGGGAAAGACGGUCAAGCUCAUCCUGUAUGAGGGGCUGCAGUUUGCGGCCCUCAUCGUGCCCAUCUUUGUGGUUAUGGAGAGGUUCGCCAGCCUCAUAUGUGACGUGAGGGGACGGGAUCUAACGGCCUACUGGCUCGUGGUGUCGAUGUCCAUGGCCUACGUGACCUCUGUGGCCCUGCUGGUGUGGGUUCCUCUGAAGUACCUGAUCCUGAGGCGGCGGAGGUUUAUCUCAGAGAUCACACAGUGGAGACCAACAGCACUGGCGUAUCUCAUCCUGUGCACUUUACCGUGCUUUGCUAUUUUAAUUGCCAGCUCCAAGGUGCAGGUGGACAGAGGACUCAGGCUGGACCACUUCACCGAGUUGCCAGUUUCCUUGGUGCUCGUCUCCCUCAUCUGUGUGGAUAUCAUAGAGAGAAUUCGCCCCUGCAGGCUCAUCGGAUCAUCAGACGGCUUGGAUUCUGGCUUUGACAUGCCGGGCCCGGUCCUCACCCUGCUGGAGCAGGUGACCACUGUAACAGGCCAGCUGCAUGCUGAUGAAGUCCAGGACGGUUCAACCCAAGGCCACCCAGAGGCCAGGAAUGGCAGCACCUCAGGCAGAUGGCAGGACCUCGCUGGCUCACCCGGCCUCUCAACAUUUAGUUCACGAGCACCCAGCACUGCCUACCUCUACUCCUCAUCCUCGCGCCGACGAUCCUACUCCGGUCCGCUGGGCUUCCUGUGGAGGAGGGACGGGCGGUCAGAGGUGUUUGUGGAUAGCUUCCUGUUCUGGCUUGACACUGUGGAGAUGGUGAGAGUGGCGGGAGAGCCGUCGGUCUUCUACUCAGCGUGGGUGUUCCCCAUCUACAUCCUCGCCUUCAUGUCUACUCUCCGCCUGGCCAUCACUCCUAACAGCCCGUUGAUGUCUUCUGCUGGAUUUGCUCUGCAGGACCUUCCUUUCCUGAUCCUUCGAGUCUCUCUGAUUGUCUGGUUCGGUUAUGUAACUCCUUUGUUGUACCCUUUGAAAAAUGUGCUGGUGAGCCUGACUUUUAUCUACUUUACAUUCCUGAGCAAGCUGAGGAUUUGCAAAAGGCAGAGCAUGUUUUGAGGAGGAGUGGCACCUUCUGUUGUGACUGAAGGAUCUGCUCUGAUUGUGGGUGGUUGAACAGUCACUGUGUUUAUGUGAAGGGAGAAACUGAUGGAACUGGUACUGAUGUUCAAGAACAACGUGCUUUGAAUUGUAACGGCUGAAAUGUAUUAUAAGGGCAUUCAUCCAAAUCAAAGUGUGAAAAUUAUUCUGGAUGUUUUUUUCUUGUUUUUUUUAAAUGUGUACGUUGGAGUGGACAGUAGCCAGCUGUCAUUUUUCUUUCACAUAUUUGAAUCCAAAUGUAUUUAUUGAUACUUAAUUUGAUGUUCAUCUGUAUUUUUUUUAAAAUCUGUACAUUUGAUACUAUACUGCAAAAAAUGUCAAACAACCAUAACUCUGUUAAAUAUCUUUUGUUUUAACAGGCGUAAACAUUUUGAUAUCAACAUUGGGUCAAAUAACAGAAUCAUCACUCAAUGAGAAAGAACGGUUAAUAGUGAACUGUAAAUCUUUGAAUUAACCUUCGAUCAGCUUUA